AGCUUCCUUCUUUCACAUGAGUUCGGCGCUUUCUUAAACACGCUCGUCCUUGAUUGCGUCCUGUAAGACGACAGCCCACCUUCUCUUCUUCAGUCGCGAAGUCGUUGCCCCGUAUGCCUGCGGUUUCGAGCUCGAAGCUUCGAGCAAAGAACCAGCACUGCCUAGAAAUGCCCACGCGCUCGAGAAAGCCAAUCCCCCGCGCACCAGAGCCUGAGCCGAAGAAAGACGAUGCAAAUGAUUCCGAUUCUGGACCAGAAGAAGCCCCCAAAGUCAAUGCACCCACAAACACAUCUCCGCCCUCCGACUACACCUACGCCGCCUGGGAUAAGUUCCUGUGCAAAGUCCCUAGUCGCAUAUCUGCAGCCACGAAGAAAAUCGUGGAAGCGAAGGAGUCCAUCGAGCAGACGCCGGGCGAGGGACUGCAGUCGGAAGGCAAAAACGCCUUUCACAGCUGGGCACAGGCGGCUGAAGAAUGCCGGGCCAAAGUUGCGGAUAUUGUUGUUGAAUGCCAACGACUCAAUCAGAAGUAUCGGGAUCCCAACUUUGACUUGGAAUUGAAUCCGUUCUGCGUGCGGAGCCUUGACGACAAGUAUCCGAAGGGCUUGCCACCGGAUUCGGCAGACACGCCUGUAUUUGUGAAGCGCAUCGAGGAUGUCUUCGACAACCCACAGUUCUUCGUCGACGGGGCUAGUGCGAGCGAUGUCCAUCAAGGAGCAAGUGGCGACUGCUGGUUCCUCGCAGCGCUGAUGGCCGUCUCCGCGAAGCGGGAAUUGAUCGAAGACAGACUUUGUGUGGCCAGAGACACCAAAGUCGACGUGUAUGGCUUCGUCUUCUACAGAGACGGAGAAUGGGUAUACGAAAUCGUCGAUGGCCUCGUCUUCGUCAACGUGGGAGACGUGGAGCCGCUCACGCUCAUCAAGAAUUUCGACCCGGAGAAGAAGACGGGAUCGUACGUGGGGUUUAAUCGGGACAAGUACGAGGAGUUGAGGGUGCAGUUGCAGCGGGGCGGUGAGGCUUUGUACUUCUCUCAUUGCAAGUCGAACGAGACUUGGCUGCCGUUGAUUGAGAAGGCGUAUGCGAAGGCGCAUGGGGAUUACUACUCGAUUGAAGGUGGAUUCACAUCCGAGGGCGUCGAAGACUUGACGGGCGGCGUUGGAGUCAUUCUCAAUUCCAACGAUAUCAUGGACAAGGAUCGAUUCUGGAAAGAGCAGCUCUCGCAAGUCAACCAGAAAUACUUAUUUGGCGGAAGCACCAGUGCAACAACAAUGGGACUAGUCGGAUCGCACGCCUACGCAGUCCUCCAAGCCUGGGAAGGCGACAAUCUCCGCCUGCUCAAAAUCCGCAACCCGUGGGGCGACUGCGAAUGGGAAGGCGACUGGGCGGACGGCAGCAAACUCUGGACACCCACGAUGAUGGAAAAGCUGCAGCACACGUUCGGCGACGACGGCAUCUUCUGGAUCUCCUACGCCGACUUCCUCAAGCACUUCGACACCAUCAACCGCGUGCGCCUGCUGUCCACGGAGGAGUGGCGCGUCUCGCAGUGCUGGACGUGCGUCAAUGUGCCGUGGGCUGUCGACUUUCUCGAUACCAAGUUCGUCUUUACUGUGGAGGAGAAGUGUAGUGUGGUUGUGGUGCUGUGCCAGCCGGACGAUCGGUACUUCUGGGCGCUGCGCGGGCGUUACUUUUACGCUUUGCAUUUCCGGAUUUACAAGGAGGGCGACGAGAGCGGGAGAUGGAUCGUGCGCAGCAUGCACAGCUCUGGCGCAGAGCCGGAGUUCACGCGCUCCGUGUCGGCGGAGGUUGAAGAUCUGGAACCCGGCACAUAUCAUGUGAUUUUCAAGGUGAUUGCGCAGCGACAGAAGGAGGCGAAGACGGCAUCGCAAGCAAUCAUGGAGUAUGCGCGGGCGCGGAAAGAGAAGCUGCUCGCCAUCGGGCGAAAGUUUGAUUACGCUCAGAGCAAGGGCAAUCUGCGGGCUAUGGAGGAGGCGAACAAGAAAGAGAAGAAGCAGGAUAGCAGGGAUUUCGUGAAGGCGCAGGCGAAGCGGGAGCGAAAGCUGUCCAAAUUGCAGCUGGACCGGAGCCGGGCGAGGAAGAAGCGUGUGCAAGACGCGUUGCUGCAGAAGCGGCUGGCUGCGGAGGAGGAGCGGAAGGCGAACGAGGAGAAACCUGCGGAUGCUACUGCAGGUGAAGCACCGGUUGCGAGCGAGGCAUCAGAUGAGAAGACGGAGUCCAAGACGACUCUGACUCCACCGGAGACGGAGGCAUCGUCGCAGGAAGGCGGGGAAACUAAGGCUACAGAAGGUGCUUCCAAUGCAGAAGGAGCGGGAAGCGGAGAGACUACGGCUGGUGCAAAAGACGAUGGUGCAGUGAAGGCUGAGGAUACGGCACAAUCUUAUGAAAAUCAGACAAUGACACAACCUGCCGAGCCGAAGGCCGCCGGCGGCAAGGGUGCCAGUGACGGACAGGAGACUCUUGUGGCAGGAUUCAAGGGGCUAGCUGUCGAGGAUUCUGCUAAUGACCAGCGACCACGAAGUCGGGCUCCAUCUCCCGGCGCACGAUCUGACGUCUCAGACGCCUCCCCAGCUGCGGAGCAGAUGUAUGACGAGGACUUUGACUGGAAUUCCGACAUGUAAGUUCAUCGCCCAAGCAUCUUUGUCCAAAGAGGCAGACUUACUGACAUGGACGCAGCGACGGAUCGGCCUACCUCAGCUCGGACGAGGACGACGACGCCUUUGUGCGCCGAUACGAGCUUUCCGCCAACAACGAGAUCUUCGACGGGGAUCCGUGGAACG